AUGGAUGAUAGUUCAAAAGACAGCAAGCCCCUUGAAACCAAGGAGUCUGCUAUUAAUAAUGCUGAAGAUACCUCUUUCAUUUUGGGAAAUGGGAAGCUUGUAACUCCUCACAAGCCUGCAGCUGAAGUGACUCCUAAUCGUUGCACGUCAGAUGCUUUUCAAUCACCUUUGAACUUUUCCACAGUAACUGUGGAGCAAUUGGGAAUUACACCUGAAAGUUUUGUAAAGAACUCUUCAGGAAAGUCAUCAUCCUACCUUAAAAAAUCCAGACGACGCUCUACAGUUGGUGUUCGGGGCUCUCCGGAAACAAACCAUCUAAUUCGUUUCAUUGCCCAGCAGCGGAAUUUAAAGAAUGCUUCUUUGACCAAGAAUUCCCCUUGUCAGGGCAGCCCUGUUUUGUAUCGAAAUGUUCAUUCUUUAAGAGAACAAAUAUCUGCCUUCCAGUCAGCUUUUCACCCCAUAAAGGAAAACGAGAAAAUGACUGACUGUCCUGAAUUCUCAGAGAUGGAAGGAGAGUUCAAGAUCACAGGCUCAACCAAAAAGGAAAGUCUUGGUGAAUGUCAACAGUGUGAGUUCCCUGCAAACCUGUCAUCCAAGCGACAGAGAAUAUCCUCUCCGAGCAGCUCUGAUGGAAACCUAAGUGAUGCCUUUGGUCUCCAGAUACACAAUGUUGCUGCUUUUCCCAAUACAGAUAGACAGUGUGCUGUUGAAACUUCUGCAAAUCUCUCUGAGAAAUCUUCUGAAUCUGGUUUAAAUCUACAGUCUGGAUGUUUAGUUGGAGAGUAUCCUCUACUUUCAGAACUCACAGAGGCUUCAAGUGGAAUCCAGGUCGCUGACUCUGUAGAGGGCAAAAGAUCCAGCGAUGCUGUUUCAGUUGACAAAUUUACAGAAGUGAGUACAGACAUGGCUCCUGAAGCCAGGUCACUGGUUACUCCACUGUGCCAGAGGGACAUUCCAUCCUCUGAGACCUUUGUACUUCGUUCUGUGCUGAAGAAACCUUCUGCAAAGCUGUGUCUAGACAGCCUGCAGGAACACUGUGACAACCUCUGUGAUGGUGGGACUUAUCCAAGCUUAAUCUUAAAUCUUGCAAACUGUUGCAAAGAACGAAAAGCAGAAGGUCAAGAAAAUUGUACAGUACCAGACUCUCUAAAUAUGAGGAAGAGGAAGAGAGUUACUUUCGGAGACGACCUAAGCCCUGAAGUGUUUGAUGAAUCUUUGCCAGCAAACACUCCGUUGCGUAAAGGAGAAACACCGGUUCGUAAAAAGGAUUUAAGUACCCUCAGUCCCCUGCUACUUGAACAGUCCCCAGCUCCUGAGGGGUUACUUCAACCAAAUUUUGAUGACAAGGGAGAGAAUCUUGAAAACAUAGAACCUCUUCAGGUAUCAUUUGCAGGUCUCAGUCCUCUUAGUAAGUCUUCAGUCUCUGAGACUCUUUCAGGCACUGAAACCUUUGCCUCUUCAAAUAACCACGAGAAGAUAGCCUCCUGUAAAGUUGGUAGAGCAACGCGGACCUCUAACAGAAGAAGUCAGUUGAUCAGUUUUUCAGAAGAGAGUGUUUGCAACUUAUUUAAUACAGAAGCUCAGCCUUAUAAAGAAAAGAAAAUUAAUAAGAGGAAGUCUCAAGAAAGCAAUCGCGCAGACAGAGCACUUCCUAGAAAGAAUCAGGUUUUAAAAAGUUGCAGAAGGAAGAAAGCAAAGGGAAAGAAAAAAAGUGUUCAGAAGUCUUUAUACGGGGAAAGAGACAUUGCGUCUAAGAAGCCGCUCCUGAGCCCUAUUCCUGAGCUGCCCGAGGUAUCUGAGACGCCGCUGGUUCCAAGCAUCUGGAGGAUGUGUCCAGAUGAUUUCAGCUCCAAUGAUGAACUUGAAGAAGUGAAGCUUCCGAAGAGAAAUAAUAUUUUGCCUCAGAGCCCAGAGGACUGGCAGAUGAUUCGAGGCUUUAAUAAAUACGAUGUGUCUGAAUUCUGCAGCUCUGACAUGAAAAGUUCAUCAUCACUUAUUAAUGCUACUUUUGAGCAAGGUUCAAAUACAAGUACUAUAGAAAUUAAUGAAAACAAAAAUAUUCCAAAAGCAGCAAUUAAGUUGGAAAGUGAAAACGAACUAAAAACUGAGACUGAGAAUGAAAACAGCCAUAUUUCUUAUCCUUCUGUGACUGAAACACCCAUUGUAUCAGACAAUCCAAAACCUGAUUUUACCAUGCAGUCCCAAGAACUUUCUGCUGCUGGUCAAAAUAUGGAAAACCUUUUUCAAAUCUUUAAAAUCUCAGAAGAUAUAAACAUCAAAUGUGAAAACCAGGGUGACUUCUUAGUCGUUCCAGAAGGAAAACUGCAGACCAAGCAUUUCAUGCCCGACUCACAAAAAGAAUGUGAUUGUUCAGAAGAUGUCUUAAUUGACCACAUGAAAGAAAGUAAAAGUCAAGGUGAGGAUUUGGGAAGAAACUCCAUAGCAAGUAGUCGUGGUGUGAGUUACAGAGAAAGGAAAUACAGAAGACAGUCCAUGGCUUGUUCUGAUGGGCAAAGUUUACAUUUGGAAAAAAUUGAGAAUCCCAAACCUUCCUACAGUGUGAGCAGCUCUGUAGAAAUUAGUUUAGAAAAUUCCCAACUGUAUAAAGAUUUAUCUGACUCCAUUGAGCAAACCUUUCAGAGAACAAAGAGUGAAACCAAAGUAAGACGCAGCACAAGGCUACAAAAAGGUUUGGAAAGUGAAGGGCUUGUGUGGAUUUCCCUUCCAUUGCCUCCCGCUUCCAGCAUUUCCCAAAGAACCAAGAGGAGAACAAUAGGUACAUUUGACAGCAGAAGAUUUGAGAACGGGUCCUCCAGGCAAAAACCUUGUGUGCUGCCCUCCACACCAGGUAAAGAAAACAGUGAGGGCUUUGCUGCUGCUGCUGCCAGUUUACCUGGGAGGAGCCGGAAGAGCUUUUGUACAUCUACACUUGCAGAUCCUAAAAACACCACCCAGUCGAGAGGCUACAAAAGAACCACCUUUCUCAACCAGAAGGAAGCUCUCCAAGUGACUUCGAGAGAAUCGGACAUAUCAGAGAACUAA